AUGUCAGAGGUGGGGUCUGACCAGAACACACUGGCCCAGCAGGAUCAAUUCCGCCAUCAACAACAGCAACAGCAACAGCCACAGCAGCAGCAGGAUCAACAGAAAGAGCAGCAAGUUCCAUCACUAAAAACUGACAGUAUUGGAGAAACUGGACUAAUUGGCGCCAGUGGAGUUGCUACCACUAACACUGGUAUAAGACCUCCUGCCAGCACACAAUCCAGUGCUGAUGGCACUGCAAAAGCCAAAAAAGAGAAACCAAACUUCAAAUUAGAUAUUAUGCCACCGUCGUAUUUUCAACAACAGUCACAAAAUGCCUCGCAACAGGCUCCUGCAGAAUCCAUUCUAGUCAAGGAUACUAGUAGACUGUCUAUAGAUUCAGGCAGAGCCAAAGGGGCUACAUUACUUCCUCCUCCCAAUAACUCUACGAGUCAUAAUAAGCAACCAUCGAUGCAUGCCCAUUUUCUAGUUAACGAUGUUGUUGGACACCAAGGAAAUUCAAGAAGUCGUAGCGCCAGUGGUUCCGAUAGAGGCAGUGACAGUGACUUUGCUCGUUCCGCUGUUAUUGAGAGCAUUAUUAAAGGCGAGAAUAAAGGACUAAAUAUAUCAGGUGGUCCUGCUGGUAGUAGUAACACUAGUUUAAACGCUAGUCGUAGUGGUAGUGUUAGUGGUGCUGCUAGUGGUGGUCCUAGUAAUGCCACUAGUGGCACUUCUAGUACUCAUAAUAAUGGCUCGGUUGCUAUUGGUGGUGUUGUUUCUGGCGGUAAUAACAACGGAUUGAAUCUUGAUUCUACUUUAAAAAGCAGACAAGGAUCUACAGUAGAUGCUAUUGGACCGGAUUCUGUAGUGGGUACUCUUGAUGGUAUUCCUGCGUCAACAGCUGCCGGUGCUGCUCAAACCACAGCGUCAGCAACAUCCAACUCGGAUCCACGAUUGCCUCAAGAUGAUGGAAGAAUUCAUAUUCUCAUUGGAGCAACUGGAUCAGUUUCCACUGGCAAACUAAGACAAAUUAUCCAUAAACUGGAGGAAAUCUACACCAAACCCAAAGUGUCAAUUCAAGUGAUUCUGACCAAAGCUGCUGAAAAGUUUGUGUCUCGUGGAGAAAUUCCCUCGAACAUUCGUAUCUGGCGAGAUUCAGAUGAAUGGGCCAACUGGCGAGGCAGAUCCGAUGCUGUUGUUCAUAUUGAACUGCGACGAUGGGCCGAUAUUCUUGUUGUCGCUCCUCUGUCGGCCAAUACACUUGGUAAGAUCGCUAUUGGCCUAUGCGACAACCUGCUCACCAACGUCAUUCGAGCAUGGGACACCCAGUACCCGAUUUUGAUUGCUCCUGCUAUGUCGAGCUACGCAUACAAUCACCCGGCUACCAAACGCCAUAUCAAGACCAUCAAAGAAGAGAUGAAGUGGAUCGAGACCCUCAAACCCGUAGAAAAGGUCGUCGGGUCCUACGGCGGGAUUGGAAUGGGCGGCAUGAUGGACUGGAACGAGAUUGUAGACAAGACCAUCAUGAAACUAGGAGGGUAUCCCGAAAACGAUCUCGAAGACGAGGACGACGAGUCCAUUGAUCGCACCAAGGACGACGACGAUGACGAUGACGAUGAUGACGAUGACGAAGAUGACGACGAAGACGAUGAUGACGACAAUGACGGCCAAACCAAACGCGACGACCGUGCCCGAGACGUCGACAGCGACGACGACACCGACUCGCGCCGACGUCGCAACUCGGUCUCCUCUUUCUAA